GGAAAAGUUGCGGUUGCUGCGCUACGGCGGCCCGGAAGAACCCCGUGCGUCAUUCCCGACCCGCCUUUAAAAUCUUUCGCCUUCCGCCGUUUUCUUCUUUUCUCUUCUUCUUCUUUUUUUUCUCCAAUUUUGAAAGUUGAACACCCAGACGGUAAAUUUGACUCAGCAAGCCUUUCGAUGCUUGCUGGGUUGUAUUAGCUGGGGAGACCAAUAUCCCGUCCCCAAGAGCUGCAGCGAAGAAAAUCUGUGCAACUGCAGCCCCGUUGAUGGGAUACAAAUCCAUAUCUUCUGCUAAAUGGUGGUUUGAUGUCACUGCCUGAUUGCAUUUGUAUCAGCAUGUUAAUCCACGAGUUCGGUUAGAAUGGGAUAAACGCAAGAAACUUGGUUUUUUCACACACCUGAUAGAAUUUUGCCGUGUAUUAUUUUUUUUUCUCCUUCAUAUUUGCGCUAGACUUCUUCCUACACGGAGCACAACAUGGCUUCCGACAGUCUUUCAAACGCCUUGAAAAAGGUCCAUCUUGAUCAAGAUGACCCCAAAGGUGUUAAAAAACAAAAUCGCAAGGCUCGAAGCCGACAAAUACAGGGUCCGUUUCGGUUCUUCGACCUUCCGUCAGAGAUACGGCUGCGAAUCUACUCGUUCGUCCUCUUUACACCGCGUCGCAGAAAAGCACUGCGAGCAAAUGGCAGUGUAGGCGCCUCGUCGAAAAAUCCUCCUCGGUCGCCAAUGGAUCACCGUAUCAAUCUGUACCUGGCAUCGCGCCGUAUGCACAACGAAGCUACCGACUUCUUUUACUCCAGUCAGAUCUUUCGGCUCUUCCAUAUCCAAGAUUAUUGCACGCUCCCAACAAUCAGAGCCGUCUCGUCGCGGUACCUACCCUCCAUUGCGAGUGUCGAAUUGAUCCUGGGCUCCAGUUGGACUGCACCGCCUGAGAGCUGGACGGUUAACAGGGAACUCGGCCUGGAGGAGAUGACUCGCGUCAAGACGUUCAAAAUAUUUGUAGAAUGCGACCCGUCGCAUCCGGUCUUCGAGGGUUUCCGAAUUUCCGAGGGCUUUUACACCGAGUUUGCCGGGGCAAUUGUGCAGCAGUCCCUCAAAAGACUACCCAACGUGGUUCACGUCGAGUUCGAUGCAUACCCAUCUGUGCGCAAGAGCGGGGAAUUGAUGCAGCGAUUGCUUCACGAGGCAAGAGCGGCAUCGAAGAAGAUUGUCUGGGGCCCUAUGAGAGGGUGGACAGAUUAUGACGGCGAGGAGAUACUUAAGAGGAACCCUAUCUACGAGCGCAACUACGAUGAAAAGAGUCUGAAUAAUCCUGUCACGCAGAGAAGACUUCGGAUUUUGAACUCAUGACCGCAAUGAUUUGAUUUCGUGCCUUUCCAUGAGGACAUGACAAUGGUUUCUGUACAGUUUAUGGUUUUACUGUCUUUGGCGCACUGUUAGAUAUUAGACUUUCAUAUAUAGAGCACAUCGAUUUACGCUAUUUUUUUACACUUUUUUUUUUCUUACUUUCUCUUGAUUACACGUCAUGCCUAUUGAUGUCUACAUAAAACA